UGUUCCAAAAAAUGGCAAGACAUUCAGUGGUAAAUGCUCUGUGGCUUUGCAAAGUAGUCCCAUGUGAUAUCCCAGCAAUGUCAUGGAUUAAAAUUAGAACUGGGCUGGCAUUACAUUUCACUUAAUUGGAGUCUGUAUCAGAGACAGACAUAAGUAACACAGAAAAGAUUCAUAACCUCGCUCUGCUCUUGCAUAGAAAUCAAUGAGUCGUGGAAAAUCUGUGAAUACAGCAAAUGAUUUAGGCAUAUCAAUUUUUUUACCUUGAUGUCUCCUUCUGGCAUGUCCAGCUCAUAUGUUGGAUUAUAAUGAUGAUGGCAAUCAGUGUACUACUAUUCAAAAGCAGAUACCUAUGGCUGAACUGGAAUGUGUAAGAACCAUGACUGAAACUGCACCAUGCAUUGGCUCGUUCUCUGCUGUUAAGACACUUUGGGAAGUGAGAAUUCAGAAAAUAAAUGAAGAACUACGGAAGGAAAAGGAAUUCAGACAGAGGGCUGUAGGCAGACUGACGCUUGUCUGGGAAGAAAGAGUCAGUUUAGCCAAGCUCAAAGAAAAAGUCAUCACUGAAGAUGGAAGGGUUAUAUUAAAGAUAGAACAAGAAGAAUGGAAGAUGUUACCUUCUUGCUUACUGAAACUGAACCACCUCCAGGAAUGGCAGCUUCACAGAAUUAGUUUGGUGAAAAUUCCUGAAUUCAUUGGAAGGUUUCAAAAUCUCAUUGUACUGGACCUAUCCCGAAAUGCCAUUGAAAAGGUACCUAAAGAGAUUGGCCAACUGCCUAACCUCCAAGAGCUGCUUCUCAGUUAUAAUAAAAUUAAGUCUGUUCCGAAAGAGCUAAGUAACUGCAUCAGCCUGGGAAGACUGGAACUGGCUGUGAACAGGGAUAUCUGUGACCUUCCACUUCAGCUCAGUGACCUAAAGAAGCUUUACCAUGUAGAUCUGAGUAUGAACCAGUUUACUACCAUCCCUUCAGCUCUCCUGAACAUGCCAAGUCUAGAAUGGUUAGACAUGGGGAGCAACAAACUUCAGCAACUCCCUGAUACCAUUGACAGAAUGGAGAACCUACAUACUUUAUGGCUCCAACGGAAUGAAAUAACCCAUUUACCAGACACCAUCAGUAAUAUGAAAAAUCUGAGUACGCUUGUCCUCAGCAACAACAAACUCCGGGAUAUUCCUGCUUGCAUGCAACAAAUGACAAAUCUCAGAUUUGUCAACUUCAGAGACAACCCACUGCAGCUGCAGGUAACACUUCCCCCAUGCAAGAAUACUGAAGAGGAGGAGGAACGGGAACUGUUUGGUAUUCAGUUCAUGCAUAUGUAUAUUCAAGAGUCACUCAGCAGAGCAGAAAACCUGGACAACUGUAUACCCGUUGCUUCUGCCACCAUUAAUGAUAAUGAAUAAAAAAUUACACAACCUGCCAAACUGAACUUUUGUACUUGGAGGAAAAUAUAAAUUCUACUUCUUCUGAACAG